GCCCUUCUCUCGUCCCCGCCGCACAUUUCGUUAACGUCGCAACACGCUGGCUAUUUGCGAAUGCAGCUGGUUGCAGAGGGCUCUGACGGGGUGGCCUGCCAUCUGACUACGGAUACGGAUACUCCCCACAGCUGGAAGUUUCCUAAGCUGCUGCAAGAUUUCCAAGGUUUUCCUCGCAGAGGUGCUUUACAUCAGUGGUAGGACAUUAUUUCUGGCUACAGUCUUGCACCCAUUUAGCCACUGGGAUCAAUGGUACUGACUCCUGAGGGAACAGGAACAGCUAUUCCAUGGAUUACUGCCUGAGUGGUCCAGGGCUGUCUGAGUGGGCGAGUCAAUGAUGUCAGUGUCCCUAUUAAUACAAGCUACUGCUGCAUUCCUGUUGUACCCUUGGUCCUGUGAAGCCAAGCUGUUGUAUCAAGCAAUGGCAUCACAACCAAUCGAAUGUCAUAAAGCUGGACACUCAACUGGACAAAAUGGGCCAGCUAUGAUGACAAUUGCCCAGGAGGAGAAGAAUCGGGACACCUCGCCUAGCUGGUACCAGGCUCGGGCAGGCAGCAUGAUAUCAGCAGGCCAGCUGGAGAUGAAGCCACAUGUGAUGAUCCCUGAAUCUCAGGUGGUCCUGAAAAAUGAUCUGGAGCUUAUCAAAGCUCAGCUCCAUGCCCAAACAAAUGCUUUCCAGGCACUGAGCCACUCCAUUACUUUGUUGGAGCAGGAGAGCCACCAGCAGCAGGGUAGGAUCAAGGAACUGGAAGAGGCAGUACAGUUGGCCAGCCACUCAGUUCCUGGAGAGAUGCUGGAUGGUUUAAUGGAAAGCAGGAUCCAGGAGGUUUGGAAAUUGAUGUCCAAAGAGGUAGAAGGACUCCAGGAUUCCAUGAUCCAGAAGGAAAGCUCCAUGAAGAAUCUGACUCAAGAAGUCCUUGAGAGCAAGAAGUUCCUUUGGGAGGAGCUGGAAGCAGUGCAGGGUGAACUGCAGCACAUCCACCAGAAAUUGAAGGACCAGGAGGUCGAUAUCACCAGGAAUUUGGUCAGCAUUAAGAAAAUGCAGGAGAAUCAAAUGAAGUGCUCCAAGUUCCUGACCCAGAUGAGGGACAGAAUCCCAAAUGAUGCAUCACAUGUUGCAGAUAAUAAGCCCAUGUCUGAAGAGCUGAAUGACAUCUGGUCGGCUAUCAAUACCCUGCGCAACUCCAUCAGUAGUUGCAGCAUCUGGAGUGACAGAAGGGGGUCUUCAAGAAUCAAAGGUCGGGCAAACCAGCAACAUCGGAAGCCUGCCUCGCCAGGCACCAUUUUUUCUGACUCAGCUCUGUACCAGCACCAUAGCAGCCCAGAGCACAGCUCAUAGGAGCGAAAUGAGAUUCAAGAUCCUGGAGAGAAACUGGGCUCUUCUUUGGAGCUGAACUUUUGUCCGUGCAGAUGAAAUUAAACCCAACUGCUUGGAAGUGGUUUGUUCUGACCAUCAUUGGCUAGAGAACAUCAGAAGCUGCCUUAUUCCAAGUCAGGGUCUUGGUCCAUCCAGUUUGGUAUUGUGAACACCAACUGGCAGUGGUUCUGGCCUUUCCCAGACCUGCCUGAAGAUGCUGGGGACUGAACCCAGGAGCUUUCCGGCUCACUGUGGUAGCAUGGCAGCCCAUGGCUCUCUGUCUCUACCGUGGGAAUCUGAAUGCUGCCUCUCUGUUUGCCAGACAGUGGUACCUGUUAAAGUUUGAUGCCAACUUUGAGUGAUCAAACACAGAGCCAGAGCUUCAGCAGGAAAACCUGGUAUUCAACUAUUGCGUUGUUCUAGGCCACCUCUGCAUUAGUGGCAUGAAAUGAGCUCAAACCUGCUCAUUCUGUUUAACUUUUUCAGUGCCCUGAACUUUGCUACAGCAGACCUGAACUGCGUAAUUCUUCUUCAGCAGAUGAGGGCAUGCUUGAAUAGAUUGCAGUUCCCACAAUUUCCAGCCAGAAGGACCACUGGCAUUAUGGAAGGAAAAACUUUAAAGAAGUUCCAGUCCAAUUAAGAGAAAGGUACAGUCCAAGCAAACUUUUAUCGUUACUGUACUGCAGGGACAGGUCCAUGACCAACUCAUUGGCAUCAGAGCACCAACAUUGUUAGCAAGGAUCAUCUCCUCCUCCUGUUACAAGCACAGCUUUUUACAGGCUACAGCAGUUACAUCUGGUCUGUUCUUGGAAUACAAACAAAAAAGAAAGAAGGAACUUGGUAUCUCAAACAAUUAUCAUGUGGCAACUUUUUCUGUGUCUUAUGUCUGGGGAUUCAAAUUGUAACAGCAAAAGAGAGAGAGAUUUUUCCCCUGAAACUUUAAGAGUUGGUUGGGAAAAAUCCUUGGCCUUGGUUAUACUUCUGAUAACAUUUAAGCCAGUUUGCUCCACAGAAGUUCAACAUGUCUGGAGAGAGCCUGGUUAAGGAAGCCUGAGAGAGAUCCACUAGAUUGUGUUCAGGGGAGAAUGUAGCUGUGGGAAGCAAGCCCUUCGAGAAAAAGGGCAGGAACAGAUUCUCCUUAGUCUGGGAAGAGAAGGUGGAGGGUACGCCUUGCUUGCUCUGCAAUUUGUUUCCAGGUUCCCUAUCAGCAUCCUCUGAAAUGGGAUAUUUUGUUCCCCUUCAUGCAAGCUUAUCCUGUUGUCAACUGCAUUCACUUAGCUCUGCUUUGCUAUGAGUCUUUCAGCUGCUCAAUGGGACAGACUUUGCAAUUUUCCUGGUAUGCUUCCAGUCUUUUGGGUCCCCCAUAAUAUCCUAACCAACGACCAAUUGACUGAUUUUUCCCUGUCAUAGGGGAAAUCAUACCUCUAAUCACUGAUGGUCUGUGGAAUGCAGUCUAUCUCACCACAACCAUAUAUUUGAAAUAUGGUUCUUAACUUUUAUGGCAUUUUUACUUCAGAGAGGAAUUUUCUGCUCUAAUUAAAGCCUGGUUUGAUUCUU